GAGAAAGUGAAGGAAUUUUGCGGGCCAGCUGGGGUGCUGGUCAGCAACAGCAAAUUCGAGAACGCCCGGCUGCAUAGUGGUGGUCAUGCGGGGGCGUUUGCGGCGCUGGCGGCCCCGAUGUGGCCUUCGGUUGCCAGCCCGACGGAUGAGAGGGCGCUUACGGCACUGGCGGCCCCUUUGUGGCCUUCGGUUGCCAGCCCAGUGGAUGCGAGGGCAUGUGCGGCGCCGGGGGCCCCUCCGUGGCCCUUGGUUGCCAGCCCGGUGGCGAAGGUCAAAAGUCGGUGGAGGCGAGGCAUUGCAGCUCUUGGCUGUGGGAGGUGGGGCCUGGGGAGGCCGACCUCACUGCAUCAGUGGCUGCAGCGUGGACCCCUUAAGUGCCAGGCGCCCAGUUUUCUGUCGUGGCUGUGGAGCUGGGCCUUCAUUGUGCUCAUGGCUUUGGUCCUGCGUGAUGGGGGCGCGUGGGAGACGGGGCUUACCCUCCCAAGGCGGCCCAAGCAUAGGACGAGUCCCCGAUGCCACCAAGUGCAGCGGAGGAGGACACAGCUCUUCAAGCGCCAGUGGAAAGCAAGAGCCAGACAACGACAGAAGCAACGACGGCGGAAGAAGGACACCAUGUUCCGGGUGUUCAGCCAGCAAGGGCUGAAUUUUUCAUCUUUUGGUUUUGGUGGUGCCGGCUGUCUUGCGAGGAACCUCCGUAGCAGUGAACUCGCAGACCAUGGGCAUCAAGAGAAUUUGUUUGGGCAACCGCCCGGCAUGACCGGCUCGAGGACAAAGGUGAGUGACAUCCAGCGCGCAAGCCUUGUGCGCAGCGAUGGCUUGCUUACAUCAACUCCGCGUACUGCGCACGCCCCGCGCGGAGGGGGCAGGGAUGAGGGUGCCUUCUUGAAGGCGCUCCAGCAGCUUGUGGAGAAGUUUGCCGAAGGCCAGCCGGCAGCAGCAAAAGGCAAAGGCAAACAGGUUCAAUCCUCAGGCAGCGAAGGCCAGGUUCGAGGCCAAGGCUCGGGCAAGCCCGCGCCGGCGGGAGGCGCAGGCAAGGCCGGUAAGGCCAAGGGCAAAGGUGAGGGAAGGCCCUCUUCGAACAGCGUUGAUGAAAAGCAGUUGCUGGCAGCGAUCGCGCGUCUGGUCGGCCGGGCCUCCGAGCAAGGCCCAUCCGGCCUUUGUGACCGGCUGUGCAGCGUCAUUGAAUCAGCCAAGGCCAAAGCUGAUGCGAGUGCCGCCAAGCAGUCCUUUUAUGCCAGCUGGGCCCCGCGAAUAAAAGCAGCAGGUGAAGGCAAGGCACAGGAUCAGGUAGGCUGGCUGGUGGACAGGUCAGUGCAGGCCAUCACCGCCGGGGAAGCAAGGCGACGCAUGCAGGAACAGAUCCCUUUGCAGGCGGAGCGCAUCCUUGUCAAGAACCCCGACCAGGCCACCGUGCUUAUGGACAUGGCCAGGGUCAAUGAGGUCAAAG